AUGACGACCGCUGAACCAUCCAGCAGUAGUAGCGCAGGACCUUCUGCUCCUUCUACUUCUUCACUUUUCAAUUCGGAUGAGGCAAGAUUUAUGAGCGAUUCGUUUUGUAGUGCAGAAUCAUUUGAUCCUUUCACUGUUGGAGCACCAGGAUUCAAAGUACCAAAUGUGUUGCCUGCCAAUAUUGGCGGAAUGGGAUCUGCUCCAGGAACGAACGAAAAUGGAGGAGAAGCUAAUCCAUCCUUAGCGGGGAUAUCGAAUGUCGCUUUCAGUAAUGAGAAUGAUGUCAAUUCAACAACAGCAAGCAGGGGAGGAUACGGACAGAAUAAAGCAUAUCAAUUACGACAGCUCGAAGCUCUCCAAGCAGAGAGAUUCAAGUACCUAUCUUCAAAUCCCAAGCAGGAUCAAUCGCCAAAUGCACCUCAAUCACAAUUCUCACAUAGACACAGUCUUGCCGGACCGUCUUCUUUACCGGAUACAUCUACCAUUGGACAUAGUCUCUAUGGUGAUGGUGGACCGGAUGCUUGGGCACAAUUCAUGUCAAACGCACAGCAGUCGAAUGGUGCUCUACCGGCUGGCAUGUCUGGUUUAAGCUCCAAUUCAGUGCAGCAUCCAGUCACAUCCCAAUCAGGCGAUUUGAGCGACUUAGGUGCACGCUUCCCUAGCAGCCAUCAAUUUCCUGGGAGUGGGAAUAUGGGCCACCUACAAAAUCAUCGACCAGCUUCGUUUCCCUACUUUCAACAACAACACCAAAUGCCAGGUCAAUUUGUACCCAAUCAGACUUGGAACGGCAUACCUGCUCAAGAUGGAAUGAAUUCAAGCGGAGGAGAAUCAGGAAAGAGCAAGAAGAGCGGUAAUCCAAAGACCAAGAUGACGCAAUCCCAAUCAGCCAGUUCUGAACUGGAUGGCACGUACACUUUUACACCUGCUCCAAGACCACCUUUGCCUGUUUUGGAUGUGGAAAAGGUAGCACAGUCGAACGUGAUCCCGCCAAAUUUGCAAGAAGCAUUCUUCUCGCCUUCUCUCAAACGGCUACAGCCUCACUUGAAAGAUCUGCGUGAGGAACAAAUGAAACGGAAAGCACAAGGAUUGAGUGCGAAUAUCCGCAAAGAUCGAAAGGAUGCCAAGCAAACGCAAGGUGGACGUGGAGGAACGUCUGCAGAUGAUGAUGAAGAUGCAGAAGAAGGAACGGGCUCAGGAAAGAAGAAGCAAUCGCAUGUUCUUUUGACGGAAGCGGAAAAGAAAGCGAAUCACAUUGCCAGUGAACAAAAGCGAAGAGCGAACAUCCGUAAAGGGUAUGAACUUUUGUGUUCUUUGGUACCCAGCCUUCGAGAGAGCAUGGAUGAAGAUGGCGGUGAUGAAGAAGAAGACGAUGAGGAUGACGAAGAUGAUGCAGAAGAAGGCGAUACAAAGCGCGGAAAGAAGAGAAAGCCAGGAGAUGGUGGUGGUGGAGGUGGAAAUGUGGACAGCAAAAGUGGACCGAGAAGCGAAGCAAUGAUUUUGAUGAAAGUUGUUGAUCAUAUUCAUGGAAAGAUUGAUGAACAUAAUGCUUUAGUGAUCAAAAAACAAGAAUUGCAAAAAGAGCUUGCAAAACGGUACGGUGCUGAUCCUUCUCUAUUUUUUUGA